AUGGACGACAAUUAUGUUGCGCAGGUCCUUGCCAAAGAGGCGAAGGACAGCUCUCAGAAGUACUCAGCUGAAGGCAUAAGUGCAUAUCUGCCUCGCAAAGCCGCAGGCAAUGCUCCUAAGCCAAAUCUCCGAUUCCUUCGCCAUUUGAUCAAAGAGACAGACAAUCACAAUACGGCUCUCAAACGCAAGGAAGAGAGAGAUUCCAAUACACGUAUGCGAGAACUGAAGGAACAGUCUCCUACUUUUAAAUCUACAUCUCGUUCAAAAGAUUCGUCCCGCCCCCGAGCCUCUGAGAAGUCACGCAGAGAACAUCGUGACGAUCGACACCGAUCUUCUCGACGACACCGAAGCCGCUCUAGAUCCACUGAUAGAGAUCGUUCACGACGACAUCGGCAUAGGCAUAGCGAGGACGACAAAGAUAGAACUCGAGAGAUGAGUCGGGACCGUGAGCGACGACGGGACCGCCACCGGCAUGCAUCUCGCAAAGAUCGGCAAGAUAGAGACCGAUCCUACUCAAGAUCUCGCAGUCGGUCUCCCCGCAAAGAGCGCACCUCCAGAUCACAUCGUGAGCGACACCGAUCUGCGUCCCCAUCUCGCAGAAAAUCCCGUUCACACCGAAACCCGCGCGAUCCAGAUUUACCAGCCGGCCACGCCGAUACAACUUCUCGCAAGCGUGAUUCCUCCCUGAACCGCAGGCACGAGUCCCCGUCCUCCUCAACCUUACGCCCUAUCGAGUCAGGCAACGAGUCAGAUCCUCUCGAAGACAUCGUCGGACCCCUCCCUCCCAAAGAAAAACCCGUUCGCUCGCGGGGCCGCGGGGCCUACAAAGCCAACGCCAGCACCAUCGACUCACACUUUGCAUCGGAUUAUGACCCCACGCUCGAUAUCCAGCCAGUUGAUGACGAAGGCAUCAAAAAACCCUCCCGCCGCGCCGUCUCUGGUCUCAUGACUGCCGAGGAUGACUGGGAAAUUUCUAUGGAGGCGCAACGCGAACGCGAAUCUUACAGAUUGAGGAGCGAAGCGAGACUUCGGACAGCUGGCUUCGAUGAAAAGGUUAUUAAUAAGUACAAGGCACAGUCUCUUUCUUCUACUGUGAGCGUGGAGCCUCAGCCCGAGGAUGUGCGCUGGUCCAAGAAGGGCGAGGGACGGGAGUGGGAUCGGGGGAAGUUUGUUGAUGAUGACGGACAUAUCGAUGUUCGAGCUGCUUGGUCCUAG